CCAACCCCAAAGCCUCCGUCUCUGCCUUCUGGGAAGGACAAACAAGGAUGAGGUCAGUGCCCCAGGCCACCUGCAGUUACACAACCACUGUCACGGCCCGUGGAGUGUGGGGGCACGGCCAUGUCUGCGCUGGUGGCCUUCCUGCUGCUCUGGGGCCUCACCCUGCACCCAGCGGCCGAGGCGGCUGUGGCCUAUGAGACCAAACCCAGUCUGUGGGCAGAGCCGGACUCGCUGCUGCAGCCCUGGGCCAACGUGACGCUGCGGUGCCAGGCCCGCCUGGAGACCCGGGACUUCCAGCUGCUUAGGGACGGGGUGACCCAGGUGCUGGUGCACCUGGACACGCCCGCCAUCGAGCACCAGUUCCUGCUGGGAGCAGUGACAAGGGACAACCAGGGUCUCUACCGCUGCCGCUCAGGGCUGAGCAAUGGCAGAUGGACCCAACUGAGCAACCUCCUGGAAGUGACUGGGACAGAGUCCUUGCCCCCACCGUGGCUCUCUGCGGAGCCGGUGCCCUGGAUCACACCCGGCCUGAACACGACCCUGCUGUGUCAGGGGGCGCUGUGGGGUGUCACGUUCCUGCUGAGGCGGGAAGGUGAUGAUGAGUUUCUGAAGGUGGCUGAGGCCGGGGAGGACAAAGCAGUCACCUUCCAAGUCCACCGGGCUGGCAAAUACAGCUGCAGCUACCGGACCCACCCCGCAGGUGACCCCUCUGAGCCCAGCGCCACUGUGAGCAUCGAGGAGAAGACCACGCCGCCGCCGCCGGAUUUUAGGGGAGAGUAUCCCAGAGUCUUGCGCCCUGGCGCCCGCGCGACCCUCGUCUGCGUGGCGCCCCUGAGCGGCGUCGACUUCCAGCUGCGGCAGCGCGGAGAGGAGCUACUGGUGCCCAGGAGCAGUACCAGCCCGGACCGCGUCUUCUUCCAUCUGGACGCGGUGGCCCCGGGAGACAGCGGUCCCUACACCUGCCGCUACCGGCUGCACCUUGAGGAGGCCGCCUGGUCUGCGGACAGCGCGCCCUCGGAGCUGGUGUGGAGCGACGAGACGCUGCCCGCACCGGUGCUGGAGGCGGAGCCGGAGGGUUCGCGCCCCGCGCCGGGCUCGCUUGUGCGGCUGCGGUGCCGAGCGCCCCGGGCUGGGCUGCGCUUCGCGCUGCAGCGGGAGGAUUCGGGCGGGCGACGCCUGAGCGGCCUCCUGAGCCCCGCGGGACCCGAGGCCCUCUUCGAGCUGCCGGACGUGUCGGCCGCGGACUCGGCCAACUACAGCUGCGUCUACGUGGACCCGCUGCAGCCCUUUGCAGGCUCCGCACCCAGUGCGCGCCUGGAGCUGCGCGUGGACGGGCCGCCUCCCCGGCCGCAGCUCCGAGCCCUGUGGCGCGGGCCGGUGGCCGCGGGCCGCGACGCCACCCUGCACUGUGAGGGCCACGUGCCCGGCGUCACCUUCGAGUUGCUACGCGAGGGCGAGGAGGAGGCCUCGGCCACCCUCUGGACGCCGCGCGCCUCGGCCGACCUGGUGCUGGAGUUCGUGGGACCCCAGCACGCGGGCAACUACAGCUGCCGCUACCGCUCCUGGGUGCCCGGCGCCCUCCUGUCGGAGCGCAGCGACCCGGUGGAGCUCCGGGUGGCCGGAGGCUGAUCCCGCUCUGGACCCUCAUGGGUCGGCGUCCUUCCUGCUGCAGCCGGAGGCCAGGCAACCUGGGAGGCUAGUGGCCUCUCCCUCGUUUCUCCCAGAAGUUAAUAAAUCUCAAGUCUGUGUAAAGCGCG